GGACGCGUCUCGGCCCUAUGCUGCUGCAACACGCACACCAUGAGAAACAAUCGCUUCCGCUCUCCGCGUUCCGUACAACUAGGGGACCCAGUUGAGCGAUGGACCGGCAGCAGGAAGGGGCUGGUGACGCACGUCCUGCCCGGGAAGCAGCAGCCGCCUUGCUGAGGUGCCGGAGAGGCGGAGGGGAGGCUGCCGCUGCGUGUGACUGGUGUAGGGCCACCCUAGUGUUGAGCAGAGAGAUUUCCGGCGCCCCCUCCCUACGGCCCCGUGAGAGGAGGCGGAACGCUGUGCUGCUGCCUUUGCUUCCUGGCCGGAGCAGUUUGCGGGUGCACAAUCACAGUUACGGCCGAGGUGGAGGAUGAAGCCUGGGGAGCGGCGGCAGUAAGACACUACGCGCGAGAUCGCCGAGACUGAGACAUGGAGGGGAAGCCCGGCCUGCAGACCGUGUAUCAGGCCGUGCAGGCCCUCUACCACGACCCGGACCCUAGCGGAAAGGAGAGGGCAUCGAUAUGGCUGGGGGAACUGCAGAGAUCGGUGUAUGCUUGGGAGAUCUCGGACCAUUUGUUGCAGAUACACCAGGAUGUGGAGUCUUGCUACUUUGCAGCACAAACCAUGAAGAUGAAGAUUCAGACCUCUUUUUAUGAACUACCCACAGACUCCCAUGCUUCUCUUCGGGAUUCUUUGUUGUCACAUAUACAGAACCUGAAGGACAUGUCUCCUGUUAUUGUAACUCAGCUGGCUUUAGCAAUAGCAGAUCUUGCCCUGCAGAUGGCUUCUUGGAAAGGCUGCGUGCAAACACUUGUAGAAUCGUAUAGCAAUGAAUCUGCAUCAUUGCCCUUCCUCUUGGAGAUCCUCACUGUGCUGCCAGAGGAGGUCCAUAGCCGAUCCCUACGCAUUGGUGCUAAUAGGCGCUCUGAGAUAAUUGAGGACCUGGCCUAUUACUCAAGUACUGUGGUGUCUCUUCUGAUGACUUGUGUAGAGAAGUCCAUGGAUAAUGAAAAAAUGCUGAUCAAAACUUUCAAAUGUUUGGGUAGCUGGUUCAACUUGGGAGUUCUAGACAGCAACUUCAUGGCUAACAAUCGUCUUUUGAUGCUUCUCUUCCAGGUUCUGCAACAGGACCAGACACCGUCCAAUUUGCAUGAAGCGGCAUCUGACUGUGUCUGUUCCGCCCUCUACGCUAUUGAGAACGUUGAGACUCACUUGAGCCUGGGAACACAGCUUUUUCAGGGAGUGCUCUCCUUUGAAUCGGCUUAUCACAUGGCAGUGGCACGAGAGGACAUGGACAAGGUGUUGAAUUACUGCCGGAUGUUUACAGAACUGUGUGAAACCUUCCUGGAGAAGAUUGUGUCUACUCCAGGUCAUGAGCUAGGAAACCUGCAGACACUGGAACUUCUCCUGAUUUGUGCUGGUCACCCACAGUAUGAGGUUGUUGAAAUCUCAUUUAACUUUUGGUAUAGACUUGGAGAACAUCUUUACAAAAUAAGCGACUCUGUGCUGCAUAGUAUCUUUAGACCAUACAUACAAAGGCUUCUCCAUGCCUUGGCAAGGCAUUGUCAACUUGAUCCAGAUCAUGAAGGGGUUCCUGAGGAAACAGAUGACUUUGGGGAGUUCCGUAUGCGAGUUUCUGACUUGGUGAAGGAUCUCAUCUUUCUGGUGGGAUCCAUUGAGUGUUUCUCUCAGUUGUAUUCAACCCUGAAAGAAGGGAAUCCUCCCUGGGAAGUCACUGAGGCUGUGCUAUUCAUAAUGGCUGCCAUUGCCAAAAGUAUAGAUCCUGAGAACAAUCCAACUUUGAUAGAGGUGCUAGAAGGAGUUGUCAGACUUCCUGAGUCAGUGCAUAUUGCUGUGCGGUACACUAGCAUAGAGCUGGUAGGGGAGAUGAGUGAGGUGGUUGACAGGAACCCUCAGUUUCUUGAUCCUGUGUUGUCCUACCUAAUGAAGGGCUUGUGUCAGUCAUCCCUGGCUUCUCCCUCUGCCAAAGCUAUCCAGAAUAUUUGCUCUGUGUGUCGAGACCACAUGGCGCAGCACUUUAAUGGACUUCUGGAGAUUGCGAGGUCUUUGGACUCCUUUACAUUGCCACCAGAGGCUUCUGUGGGGCUUUUAAAAGGAACUGCACUGGUCCUGGCCCGUCUACCUCUAGAUAAGAUCACCGAGUGCUUGAGCGAGCUGUGUGCUGUUCAGGUUGUAGCACUUAAGAAGCUUCUUUCCCAAGAGCCUAACAAUGGCAUAUCUUCUGACCCCACGAUAUUUCUGGACAGAUUGGCAGUCAUCUUCAGGCAUACCAUUCCCACAGUGGAAAAUGGACAGACCCAUCCGUGCCAAAAAGUAAUCCAAGAAAUAUGGCCUGUGAUGUCAGAGACCUUGAACAAGCAUCGUGCAGACAAUCGAAUUGUGGAGCGAUGUUGCAGAUGUCUGCGCUUUGCAGUGCGCUGUGUUGGUAAAGGAUCAGCUGCUCUCCUGCAGCCUCUUGUCACUCAGAUGGUAAAUGUAUACCAGAUCCACCAGCACUCAUGCUUCCUGUACUUGGGCAGCAUUCUGGUGGAUGAAUACGGAAUGGAGGAAGGUUGUCAGCAAGGAUUGCUUGAUAUGCUGCAGGCUCUUUGUGUUCCCACAUUUCAACUUCUGGAGCGUCAAAAUGGACUACGUAAUCACCCUGACACAGUAGAUGAUCUUUUCCGACUCUUCACAAGGUUCAUACAACGAUGCCCUAUUAUCCUGCUGAGCAGUCAGGUGUUGAUACACGUUUUGAAUUGGGCUAUUGCUGCAACUACAUUAGAUCACCGGGAUGCCAAUUGCAGUGUAAUGAAGUUUCUCCGUGAUCUUGUACACACUGGGGUAGCCAAUGAUCACGAGGAGAACUUUGAGGUACGCAAGCGCCUGAUCCAACAAGUACUGGGCCAGUUUGGGCAGCAGCUGGUCAGUCAGAUUCUACAGGUGUGCUGUUUCUGUCUCCCUCCCUACACCUUGCCUGAUGUUGCUGAAGUCAUCUGGGAGAUCAUGGUCUUCGACAGGCCGACAUUUUGUAGAUGGCUGGAAACAUCUUUGAAAGGCUUACCAAAGGAGACAUCAGGGGGAGCAAUUACAGUAACACAUAAACAGUUAACAGACUUCCAUAAGCAAGUCACAAGUGCUGAGGAAUGUAAACAGGUGUGUUGGGCUCUGAGAGAUUUCACCAGGUUAUUCCGAUAGCUGCGCUCUUACACCACCUAGCCUGUCUUCCACAUGAAGAUCGGUGACCCAGCCCACUCAGACGGCACCUCCUAAACAGAGAACCAUUGUGGAUUGGCUUCUAUAACCCCCUAGAGUGCAAUGCCAAAAGGGGGACACAGAGCAAAAGAGAAAAAGCGGUCAGGCAAGCUUUGAGGAUGGCGUCCCUGUGUAACGUGUGCUGAAGAUAAUGUAACAAAACUGGGAAAAAAGCUUAAAGUUAAACCCCUUCACUUCUGAGCAGGGCCAAGUGUUCCCUAUAGAGCUGCUACUGCUAUAACUCUCUUCCACAGCAGUAAGGCACUCCAUGAGCAGCCAGUGCCAGAUGUGUACUGAUGUCCCAAUCACCCCACAGUGCCAGGUUGUCCUAGAUCUCGGGGGUGAAGGGGUUCUCAAGGCAGUGUUGGAGUGCCCAGGCGCCACAUAUGCAUUUUGGGAUGGGAGGAAUCCGGGAAAAAGGAGGUGGGGAAGAAGGGUUUAGAGCUUUCCUUGAUGGACUCGUUUUAAAAUAAAAAAAGAAAUUCAAGAAAAUACUAAAAAAAAAUGAAAGGAAAAAAAAAGAAAAAAAAAAAAAAAGAAAGCCGUCAGAUAAAAUCCCUGGUUGGCAAAAUUUAAAUUUGCGUGGAUGCAAACAGAGAAAAA